CCCGUGCUUCGGUUGAAGAAGUUUGGAGUUAAUUCCGCGCCUGCGUACAAUUCUCCACUCUCACGUCGAAGCGCGGACUUUUCGGUUACGUUUUCGGCGAGCUGCGAGUUUGUAACCGCGGAGGAAAGAAGAGUUCUCCGGUUCCUGUUUCAUCUUCCACCCAAGGUGUUGGUGAUGGAUCCGCGGAAGGUGGCCGAGCUGAAGGGCUUCGUGCAGCUGUGUAAGGAGAAUCCAGCUGUGCUGCACCUGCCUGAGAUGGAGUUCUUCCGGACCUGGCUGCAUGGAUUGGGAGCGAAUAUUCCACCGCUGUCUAAAAACACAGGCUGCAAGGGAAGCUGUCCAUGUGAUGCAGCUCCGCCCCCUGAAACAGCCCCGCCCCCUCAGGCAGAGCCGGCCCCGCCCUCCGAGAGCGAGGAGAGCGAAUUAGAGAUCGAUAAGGACGGAGUGAUCGAACCGGACACGGACGAGGUUCAGGAGAUGGGCGACUACGAGAACCUGGAGGUGACUGAGGACAUGAUGGACCAGGCCAACGAGAAGAAGAUGGAGGCCAUCGAUGCACUGGGAGAGGGAGAGCUGCAGAAAGCUCUGGAUCUGUUCACUGAAGCCAUCAAACUGAAUCCACGAUCAGCUAUACUCUACGCCAAGAGAGCCAGUGUGUACAUCAGGAUGCAGAAGCCGAACGCUGCGAUUCGAGACUGUGACAGAGCGAUAGAUAUAAACCCCGACUCAGCACAGCCGUACAAGUGGAGAGGGAAAGCACACAGGUUACUCGGUCACUGGGAAGAAGCAGCUAAAGAUUUGGCCACAGCCUGCAAACUGGACUAUGAUGAUGAUGCCAGUGCCAUGCUGAAGGAGGUUCAGCCCAAAGCCAACAAGAUCCAGGAGCACCGGCGUAAAUACGAGCGUAAACGAGAGGAGAGAGAGAUCAGAGAGAGGCAGGAACGAGUGAAGAAAGCGAGGGAGGAGCACGAGAGAGCACAGAGGGAGCAGGAAGCCAGGCAGCAGGCAGGAGGAGGAGGAGGAGGAGGAGGAGCACAAGGAGGCUUCCCAGGAUUCCCAGGUGCCGGAGGUUUUCCAGGCGGCGCUCCGUUCGGCAUGCCCGGCCUGCAGGAGCUCUUUAACGACCCCGAGGUGCUCAUGGCCAUGAAGGACCCUGAAGUGAUGGCAGCUUUCCAGGACGUGGCUCAGAAUCCAGCCAACAUCUCCAAGUACCAGAGCAACCCGAAGAUCAUGGCGCUCAUCAACAAACUGAGCUCCAAGUUCAGCGGCCCGCAGGCCUAGCCGGCUGAGCGAAGUGUGUUUAGUGAUGAGAUCAAUGCUCUGAAAUAGCACUUUCUCUCUCUCUCUCUCUCUCUCUCUCUUUUUCUCUCGCUUACAUGAUUCAUUUCUUCCUCUACGCUAACACGAGUGAUGACUGGAUAGAGACGAGAUAAACGUGUAGUAAAUGCUGUUGAACUCGCACACUAGAUUUUGGGGCUAUUUAAGAGCAUUGGAACACCACCAUGAAGGAGUUAGGGGUAGGGAACAGCUAAUCAGUAUAAACCAUAUAAGGCAAAAGGGGGUGUGGUCUCAGUUUAACGCUUCCUGGAACAGUCCUGGAUCACGCUGUAAACAGAACUGGGCUGUGAUUGGUGUCUGAAACGGUCCAAGGUCCAAUCACUGCCUCUGUUACUGAACCUGCGUUUAUUUGGACUGAUUAAAUGUCUGGCCUUGUUUCCACCAGGAGUGUUCACCAAUCAAUCUACUCUCUUACUGCAUUUAACCCAAACCGAGGUGGAGGUUAAUUUACGAGCUAAAACAGUUCAGCUGAUUAUCGUUCCAUCCAUCCAAUCAGGUCUUAAAGUGUUUUUGGAUUCUGUCAAAGAAAAAAAAAAAAACAACCAAAAAAAGGAAAAACGACAUGGGAAAUGGUUUGUUUUUCUCCCUGAUCCAGGAGCAUUUCUAUCUCAGAUGGCUCUGAAUGAUGAUUUCGAUCAAUAAAAGGUUGCUGUUGUUGCAGA